GCUCAACGUGCAUCGAUCUAUAACUAUAAGAUGCACAUGCACGUCUAUGAUCGGUUCACCAUAGAGCGCAAUGCACUAGUCGAUCGAGCAUAAUAUUACAAAGUGUUGGAAUCCCAUUAAGCAAUGGAGAUGACGAGCAGCACGAUGGUGAAGCCGGUACCGCACCCGCUCGUCGGCGAGAAGGUCCCGCUGACCAUCUUCGACUGCGCUGCCGCGGACGUCUUCGUCCCCACCGUGCUCGCGUACCCUGCGCCGGCGCCGGCGAACGAGGCGCUCAAGGAAGGCCUUCUCAAGGCCGUGGCGCCGUACCCGCAUCUGGCGGGGCGCCUCGCCGUCGAUCAGCUCGGCCGGCGCUUCCUCCACGUCAACAAUGAGGGCGUGCUCCUGAUUGAGACCACGGUAAAAGCUAACCUGGCGGACGUGCUCGUCGAAGGCCGGAUGGCCAUCAGAGUCGACCACCUCUACCCUACAAUGCCACAGCCAGAGGAGAAGAUUGGGGCGGCGCUGCUGCAGAUCCAGCUGAACAGGUACAAGUGCGGUGGUCUCGUGGUCGGCAUAUGCUCCCACCACCAUACCGCCGACGGUCACUCCAUGAGCAUGUUCUUCACCGCGUGGGCGGCAGCUGUCCGCGAGAGUAAGGACUUCACCAUGCCAACCCCAUUCCUCGACCGCGCGAAAACCGUCGUGCCGAGGAGCACGCCGACGCCGGUGUUCGACCACCGGUCACUGGAGUUCACGCAUGGGGACGGUGCCGCAGCAUACACCGUCAUUCCCAUGGACAGGAUAAAAAACAUCACGGUGCACUUCACGGCGGAGUUCCUCGCCGAUCUCAAAGCCCGUGUGGGCGCCCGCUGCAGCACCUUCCAGUGCCUGCUUGCGCACGUCUGGAAGAAGAUCACCGCGGCGCGGGGCCUCAAACCGGAGGAGUUCACCAAGGUGAGGGUGGCCGUGAACUGCAGGGGCAGGGCCGACCCUCCCGUGCCGAUGAACUUCUUCGGGAACAUGGUUUUGUGGGCGUUCCCGAGGCUUCAGGUCCGGGAUCUCUUGAGCUCGAGCUACGGCAGCGUGGUCGACACCAUCUGCGAGGCCGUGGCACACAUCGACGGGGAGUACGUGCAGUCCUUCGUGGACUUUGGCGGAGUGACUGACAUAAACGGUGUGGAGCUUAUCGCCACGGCGGCCCCUCCCGGCUCCAUGUUCUGCCCGGACGCAGAGGUGGACAGCUGGCUGGGGUUCAACUUCCAUCAGCUCGACUUUGGCACAGGGGCGCCUGCUGCUCUGCUGCCACCGGACUUGCCCGUCGAGGGGCUCAUGUUAUUUGUGCCGUCACACCAGGCGAAAGGUGGCGUCGACCUCUUCAUGGCUGUCGCAGACGAACACCUCACCGGGUUUAAGCAGAUCUGCUACUCCUUGGAUUGAUUGCCCCAGCAACGGCAUGCUAACUCGAAACAGCGCUCUCGCCUCGCUUUAUAAAUAAAGUACGGACCAAAUUACACCGUGGAAUGAUACAAAAUGGUUUAAAAGGCCUCUUACAAAAUAGAUCAUAGGAUAACCGGAUUGGUUAGAUAAUCAGCUAGCAUGGCUCGGCUCGUUAAUGGAACAAGCUGAAGCGAGCCAGCUCAUUAUACAUAUGAACAGCAAAGUUAUUGGGGUACAAAAAUCAUUACUAGAGCAUGUAAUAUAUACAUACUAAGCAUGUAUAAUGUACACACGCAGUUAUAGUUUGCACAUAUCACAGGAAAAUGUCUCGCCUACGAGAGACAUGAGGCAGAUGCGGAGAGGGGAAUGAACAGUGCUGCUGACCCUACUCCCUAUAACCAGCAGCAUGGCACAUGUGGUUAGCAAACUCAAAAUUCACAUAGAACCAGCAGCGCAUCAGCCAUCAAGGGCGAGCUUCCUUGGAUGUUCGAGUAGGCGCUUGGGCCAGAUUGUGAGAUGGCAGAUUUUGACCAAACUUAAUGAGUUAAACGAGACUUGUUACAUCGGCUUGUUUAACUCGUUCUGUAAACAAUUUUAAAUUAAAUGUUCGCUCGACUAGUUAGUCACCGAGUCGAUUUGAGCGCAAUCACGAGUUGCUCAUUUAGCUCGGGGGGUUUGAAGUUUUAGUCUUUAUUCCAGCCAUAGGUGCUAAAAUAUGAAACGUUUUCAAAUGGCGGGCACUAUAUGGCCCUAUAAUAUAUAUAUUUUUGGACACGACUAGGGAGCAAACGUGGGCUCCCUAGCAUCCCGUGGCACACUUUCUUUUUUAGGAAAAAUCAUGUCUACCCUUCUUCCCCUAACAACAAAAGGAAACUCCCCUGGUACCCGCUCUCGAUCGUGUGCAAGGGGGGAGCCACGUGAGCUCCCCCCUCCCCCCGCACGCAAAACAGAAAGCUCCAACCACGCUCCAUGUUCCCCUCUCCUCACCAAACACACACCUUCCUUCUUUCCCCAGCGCCCCCCGGUCUUCUUCCUCCCAGAUCUCAUUCCAGAUGAGAUGAGAGCUCCACCCCUGCAACUGACGGCCAUUGUUGUGCAUUUCAAAAGAACAACAUGAAAAAAGAACAAAAAAAUCACAUCAGUUCCCCCGUGCAGGUACCGCAUGCACAUACUGUCUCCAUCCCCUCCACCCCUGCAAAUUACAGAGCAACUAUAGCGGUUUCUUAAGCAAAUCAAGUAUUGACAAAAGCAAGUCCUGGCAGUACAUAAAUCUGUGUCGUUUUCCUUUCUCCAACUACUGGCUGUUGUACAUCCAAAUAAACCCCUUGAUGCUUUUCUUAGGCUGCUUUUUGUACUAGAAACGUGUUUAGAAAACAAAAAUAGAGCAGCCAAGUUAUAGGUUCUAUUUAAGCAAAAUGAGUGUUGGCAGUAAACAACUCGUGUGUGUCGUGGGUGCUAGAACUUGAUAUGUAAGGGGAAAACUGUGAGCAACUAUAGCGGCUUUUUAAGCAAAUCAAAUAUUGACAAUAAGCAAGUCCUGUCAGUACAUGAAAAUUGUUUUUUGUUUUCUUUUGUCCAACUACUGAGUGUUGUAUAUCCAGAGAAACCCCUUGAUUUUUUCUUAGCUUACUUUUUGUACUAGAAGUGUGUUGAGAAAAAUAAAAAAAAGCAGCAUCUUCUAAGGUUUA